UUAAGACCGGGUGGGUUUUCUUUUUGAGUUUAUUUUUUUUUCUAAUUAUCGUUUUCCAGAAAUAAAUUUACACACCUCAAUACUUAUUUUGUCUUUAAUAUAUCACAAAUUACCUUAGUGUCUUUGUCCGUCUUUAUUUUCUGCAAUGUCUGAAGCGAGCAAAGCGCGUUCUACUCUUAUUGUUCGACCUCAGAAUAUUGUUGAAAAUAAUGCAUUUAGACGCCAACGUAGUCUCAAAUUAAAUACUCUCGUAAGGCAAAAAAGUAGUACAACUACUGAACCAAGUCCUAACAAGACUUAUAUUGUCAUAAUAUUCUCUGAAAAAGCGAGAGAUGUUAAAUGUGUGGACGUCGAGAAGAUUAUUCAAGAGUUUGGUAUUCUCACAACUCUGGAAAUAGUAAGCAAAACCGAAAAGUAUUUGUACCUUUCCGCAUCCACUGAUACUUUGCUACGUCUAGCAGAUAAAUCUGAACUUUGCAAAAAAACUAUAACUGGAAGUAUGAGAAAGUUUAAUUAUUUCAGUGUAUCGGAUUAUCUGAUUGGUGACAUGACGAGAGAUGAUAUUGUUGCUAAUAGCGAAGCACCAGUUUUGAUCAAAGACGCUAUUAAACCAUCAUUGAUGCCUUAUAUACGAAAGGGAAUAAUUGAACACUUCUUUCCGCUGCAUGAUAUUGAAUACCUCGAUAAGUUUGCCUUCAAAUUUACCAUGAAACAACCAAUUGAAGAUAUUCGCGAUUAUUAUGGAACAAGCAUUGCACUUUACUUUGCAUUUAUUGAGUUCUACACAAAAGCAUUAAUAUUUCCAAGUUUCUUUGGCUUGUUGCAAGUGGUUUGGCAUCUUAACUUACCUGUCGUUUGUGGUUUUUAUGUUCUAUGGACAACUAUUUUUUUAGAACUCUGGAGUAGAAGAUGUUCAAUUUUAGCCUACCGUUGGGGUACUAUCGAUAUGACUAGUCUUGAUAUACCAAGGACAGCUUACACGGGAGUAUUAAAACAAGAUCCUAUAACCGGCAAAAUGACCCUACAAUACCCAAUGCGAUUAACUUAUAUGCAAAUGUAUUGUAUUUCAUAUCCGGUAGUGUUCUUUUGUAUUAUUGCAGCUGGUUAUUUUGCUCUCUAUCAAUUUCAAAUUGAAGCUGAAGUUUUACAAGAUUUUGGUCCAGAUUCAUUGCUACUGUAUAUUCCCGUAAUUGUUCAGUCGGUACUUAUUGCAAUCUUCUCAUGGGCAUAUGAAAAAUUGGCAACAUUUUUAACUGAUUUAGAAAACCAUCGUACACGCAGUCAAUACGAACGUCAUCGUGUCAAUAAACUAAUGCUCUUCGAAAUUGUUAACAAUUUCUUUUCAUUAUUUUACAUUGCUUUUGUUUUGCGAGAUUUGAAUCAGUUGAAAUAUCAACUAAUGAUGCAGUUAAUUAUAUUUCAGCUUGUUUGCACGGCUCAAGAAAUCGGAAUCCCUUUGUUGGCUGUAUUAAGGCAAAAAUUCACAAAAUACAUUGCACAAGAAAUGGAUGAUGAGAAGAAAGCUACCAUCAUAGAUGUAGCACGUUAUGAACAGAGUUUUUAUGAAGCCGGAUUAGAUGAAUAUCAAAGUACAUACGAAGACUACUUACAAAUGUGCACUCAGUUUGGUUAUGUCGUCCUCUUUGCUGCUGUUGCUCCAUUUGCCGCUAUAGGUGCCCUUAUCAAUAAUAUUUUCGCCUUGCAUAUUGAUAUUUUUAAGCUUUGCAAUAUUUUUAAACGUCCUUACGCACGCCGCGCUAAAAAUAUUGGUGCUUGGCAAUCUGCUUUUGAACUCCUUUCCGUCCUGGCAAUAUUCAGUAAUUGUGGAUUGUUAUACAUGCAACCGCAAGUGAGAGAAUUUGUUGCCAAACUUGUACCCGAAAUGCCCGAUCUUGCAUUUGUUGUUUUUGAGCAUCUCCUCUUGGGACUUAAGUUUCUCAUUCAUAAAGUCAUACAUAAACGACCUCGUUGGGUCCGCAUAGCAAUGUUGAAAUCAGACUAUGAAUCAAGUUUAGCGUAUAAGGAUUUAAGAAAAUUCCGAACCGCUUUCAAAAACCACAAAAAGGAUUAAAUAAACAAUAAAAAUAAUCAAACAAAAAUCUCCCAUUUGUGCCAAAAAACUAACGAAUCUUAAAACCAAUCAAGUUUUAUUUCAUGACAAUGAAUUAGCUUUUAUUGCAACAUAACUAGUCUUUCCAAUUUGAAGUUAUUAUAUUUUUUAUAAUUUAUUAUUUAUUUUGUACAUUAUUAUAUUAUUAUUGUGUUUGUCUUUUCUU